AUGCUGCUGUCCAUUGGGGGCUUGGGGUUCCGGCGGUGCCCUGAGCUCCUGCCGUGGUCUUGGGGCCUGGGGGUCCGGCGGUGCCCUGAGCUCCUGCCGUGGUCUUGGGGCCUGGGGUUCCGGCGGUGCCCUGAGCUCCUGCCGUGGUCUUGGGGCCUGGGGUUCCGGCGGUGUCCUGAGCUCCUGCUGUGGUCUUGGGCCCUGGCAGAAGAGUGCGUAGGCGCUGGUUGCAGGCCUCGGCACAGGGGGAGGUACUGUCUGGGUGAGCGCAGCAGGUAUCGUGUGUGUAACCCGGGGGUGUGCGCUCAGGAGCAGCCCAGCUUCAGAGACCUUCAGUGCAGCCACUUCAACAGCCUGCCUUACAAAGGACAGCUCCACAGCUGGGUGGCAGUCUACAACCGAGUCAGCCCAUGUGAGCUGCACUGUCGGCCACUCCACCAGCACUUCUCUGAAAAGAUGAGGGACGCUGCGGCUGAUGGAAACCCCGUGCUACGAAGGAGCUUCAUUACUCCAAACGCACCACACAACCUGUACUGUAUGGGGUACGCAAAGAGCAUCGGCUGUGACCUGGUCAUCGACUCCAGCGCCGUGGAGGACCGCUGCGGCGUGUGCAACGGCAAUGGAUCCACCUGCGCCACCGUGCACAGGACGUUUGACCAGAGCCAGGGACUCGGGUACGUGGACAUGGGCCUGAUCCCAGAGGGCUCCUGGGACAUCCGCAUCGAGGAGGUGGCAGAGGCGGCCAACUUCUUAGCCCUGCGCAGCGACUCUCUAAACAAGUACUUCCUGAACGGCGGCUGGACCAUCCAGUGGAACGGGGAGUACAAGGCUGCAGGGGCCGUGUUCUCGUACCAGAGGAGUGGGCAGAAGGAGAGCCUCACGUCCCCGGGGCCCACCACCGAGUCGCUCUGGAUACAGCUGCUGUUCCAGGAGUCCAAUCCUGGAGUGCGUUAUGAGUUCACCAUAAACCAGAACGUGUCCGCACACACAGAGCUGGGCCCCGGGGCCUUCUACUGGAAACACGGCUCCUGGAGCGACUGCAGCGUCACCUGUGGCUCUGGAGUGCAGAGGCAGGCGCUGCACUGUGUGGAGAGGAGCCGGGGGAUUGUGGACGAGCAGCUCUGUGACCCUGAGACCCGGCCCCAAAACAACCAGAGCCACUGUGACAAGGACCCCUGUGCAGCCACGUGGUGGGUGGGGGAGUGGCAGAGGUGCUCAUCCAGCUGUGGGCCCCUGGGAGCCUCCAUCAGGGCCGUGCUGUGUGUCCAGUCAUUGGGAGCAGAGGGACAGAAGGCUCUCCAGCCCACAGACUGUGAGCACAUGCCCAAACCUAAGUCUGUCUCCCCCUGUAGCACACAUGUGCCCUGUCCCUCCGUCUGGAGCUCCGGAGACUGGUCCCAGUGUUCUGUGAGCUGUGGCAGUGGCACUCGCUGGAGAAACGUAAGCUGCUCCCGAAACACGGCCGCUGAUUGUGACCUCCAGAAGAGACCUCCUGCACUCGGCUCCUGUCACCUGCAGGACUGCCCUGUUCCCCUUCUACCUCAGGACAACUUCGACUGGUCGGGAAGCGGCUGGACGGAAAAAGACGUGCUCAACGAAAUCAUUCCAGAAGCUAAGCCACCUGCCAAGUUUGCUACCACCACCAAAGCCCAGCCCCGAACCCACCAAGACACCAAUGACAUUGAUUUCCACUACCACAAUAAUGUAGAAAGCGCAGAUAUCACUCAGGAAAAACCUGUACAAGUGGAUGAUUUUUACUAUGAUUACAACUUCAUAGACUUUCACGAAGACUUAUCUGAUGACGAAAAAAACUCAGGGAGCAAAGCAAUGACUACAAAACCUCCGAGCCUCAAGGGGUUGGAGAAUUCUUCUACAUCCAAAGCUCCAUCCUUCCAAAGGCCGACGAAGGUCACUUCAUAUAAUGAUGAACACCAAUACAUGGGGAAACCUGAAGCCAAUGACCUGUCCUCGACAAAAGCUCCAGCUGAUAGAAAGGCAGAGAACACAGACAAUUUUCUCGCUGAAGAUUUUCUCCUUCCUGUUUCAACCACCCACUCUCCACCAUUGACCACACCAAGCAAUCCACAAGAAGGUGUAGAGGUAGACACAAUGAAGGAGGAUCUGCAAGUUACCGACGAAUACAGUCUGGAGGCCGAGGACAACUACAAAGACACCCCCACUCUUUCAAGUCAUCUCAGGAUCUCUCGACCUGAAAUGAUGCCUACGCUGACAACAGCUCACAUUACUACGCAAAGAACAGAGACUGACCUCGGCCUUCCUCCAACUCUAGAAUCUGAAAUUAACAUAAAGAGUUCUCUACUGCCAGACAUUUUUGCAGAUUAUGAAUAUAGCGAAAUUCCCUAUGCUUCAAUGACAACCCAAAAGGCGUACCCGGACGUUUCGCAGACGUAUCCCACAACGACAGCAGCUACGUUUUUCACAGAGCAGGGAGAAUAUGCACCGCCUGCUGCUUCCGUUUUGCCGUCUUCUCCGUCCAUGGUGCCACAAGCCAAUUCCUACUGGAUUACUGGCAACUGGAGCGAGUGCUCCACCAGUUGUGGCCUGGGGGCUGUGUGGAGGUCCCUCAGCUGCAGCACAGGCUUACACUCGGACUGCGACCCAGAGAAGAGACCUGUCCCUGCUCAGAGGUGCUACUUACGGCCUUGCUCCACCUGGAACCUUGGCCCCUGGACUAAGUGCUCUCGGAGGUGUGGCGGAGGACUCAGACAUCGUGAGGUCCAGUGCUUCGACAUGAGGGACGCGCGGCCCCUGAGACCCUUCCACUGCAGAGCCAUGUCCGCCCGGCCGCCCACACACAGCCCCUGUAACCUGCACGCCUGCCUCGACUGGGACACCUCCUCCUGGGGACAGUGCUCGGAAGUGUGUGGAGGGGGGCAGCAGCAGAGGAUUGUUACGUGUCCAGAGGAGGAGCAGUGCGACCCAGACACACGGCCAGACCACCUCCAGACCUGCAACAAACAGCCAUGUGCUCAGUGGCUGUCCGGCUCCUGGGGAUCGUGUUCCGCGUCUUGUGGAGGAGGACUGCAGCAUCGUCUGGUCAAAUGUGUGGACACCAAGCAGGAGGCAGAGCAGGAGCUGGACCCAUCUCAGUGCAGUGAAGAGCUCAGGCCCCGAAGCAGCAACAAGUGUGAGCUGCAGCCCUGCCACAGCCCUCCGCCAGGAACAGUGUGUGUCCGGGACCGUCUCUCCUCUCGCUUCUGCCAGACUCUGCGCUGGUUAGGACGCUGCUCUCUGGCCAACGUGAGAUCCCAGUGCUGUCGGACCUGCAACCAGCGCCUACGCACUCUUCUGCCAGGGCCCAAGACCACGGCAGGAGCUCAGGGCACCGCCGGAACCCCAGGCCCCAAGACCACGGCAGGAGCUCAGGGCACCGCCGGACCCCCAGGCCCCAAGACCACGGCAGGAGCUCAGGGCACCGCCGGAACCCCAAGCCCCCAAUGGACAGCAGCAUUGCCCGGUACGAAAGCCCCAAAGCUGGGAGCACUCAGAGCUACAGUCCACAGAGAGCUACAGACCGCAGAGAGCUACAGUCUGCGGGGAGCUACAGACCGCAGAGAGCUACAGUCCGCAGAGAGCUACAGUCCGCAGAGAGCUACAGUCCGCAGAGAGCUACAGUCCGUAGAGAGUUACAGUCUGCAGAGAGCUGCAGUCCGCAGAGAGUUACAGUCCGCAGAUAGCUACCGUCUGCAGAGAGCUACAGUCAGCAGAGAGCUACCGUCUGCAGAGAGCUACAGUCCGCAGAUAGCUACCGUCUGCAGAGAGCUACAGUCCGCAGAUAGCUACCGUCUGCAGAGAGUUACAGUCAGCAGAGAGCUACAGUCAAAGAACAACACGGGGUUCAAAUGA